AUGUUCGCCGCUCGCCGUGCCCUUCAAGUUCCUGUUGUCCUUCACGGUAUUGAGGGUCGCUAUGCCACUGCUUUGUACACUGCUGCUGCCAAGAAGCAGGCCUUGGACACUGUUGAGAACGAUUUGAAGCAGGUCAAGCGUGUUGUCGAAAAGGACUCGAAGCUCCGUGAGUUCCUCGAGAACCCCACCAUUAACCGCAUUGAGAAGAAGAACGGUGUCCAGCAGUUGCUCAGCGCUGGCAAGUACAAUGAGCUCACCAAGAACUUCUUCGAUACCUUGGCUGAGAACGGUCGCCUUAAUGACACUGUCAAGAUCAUUAACUCUUAUGGCUCUCUUAUGAGUGCCUACCGUGGUGAGGUUCAGGUUACCAUCACCUCCGCUAAGGAAUUGGAUGCCAAGGAGGUUGCCAAGAUUAAGGGCUACCUUGCCAAGUCUGCCUUCGUUACCUCCAAGCAAACUCUUGUUGUUUCUAACAAGGUGAACCCCUCGAUUCUCGGUGGUUUGGUUGUUGAGUUCGGUGACAAGACUAUUGACUUGUCUGUUUCUUCCAAGAUCAACAAGCUCAACCAGUUGCUUCAUGGUUAG